CAUGAAAAACUGCGCACUCGCUGGCUGUGCACAUGCGCGUCGCUGAUUACUUGGUGGUGCGUGUUGAAAUAUUUAGCAUAUUUUUAUAAGCGUUGAAGACGCGCAGACGCAAUUCAUAAUCGUGCGAUCACACAAGUCGGUCGUCAGUUACCUUUGAACGCGCGCGCUCGUUCCUACGUCCCAUGUGUUGCCGUGAUAUCCAACUGGGUCAUUACAGCCAAAGUGAGACUAAACGCACAAAUCAUCGGUGUGCACUUGAAAAACGAAGAAAAUAGAAGCGAAAAAGAAGAAGAAGAAGAAAAAAUAAAAACAAAUAUUAAAGAAAUUCUACCGCAACGAAUUCGAAUUAACCAAACCAAACUACCUUCCAAAAACCAAACAAAACCGAACCAUUCAUAAAUAAAAAAAAAUCAAAAGAAGCAACAAAAACAAAAGCAAGCAUUUCAGUGCCCUCCAAUAAUAUUACAUAAGUGAAAUUGAAUAAUACUACCCAUAACAAGAGGAGGUGGAAGAAGAAGAAGAAGAAAAAAAGCAAACGAGAAGCCAGCUUUGAAGGGAAGGGUUCCCCCUAGUGCAAGAUUGGUGGCAAUAAAAAAAUAUCAAUGAUCUGUGGAAAUAUCAACAGCCCAAAAAAGUGAAAGUUAUACAACAACGCCGCGGUUUGUGUCAUUGUUUGUGUGUCACCUUUGUUUUAAAUUUCUUCGAAUCAUUUUGUCGAUUAGCCGACCCCCCUCCCCCCACAAAAAAGUGUUAAAUUCCCUGUCCCUACAUCGCACCUUGACAAAAAAGAAACAAGAAAAAAAAAGAAAUAUUGACCAAAAAACCAAAAAACGAAGCAUUUAAUUUACAUAAAAUGUGUGCAUUUCAUUCAAGGCCCAUAGCGGCUUUUCUUCCCCUGCUGCUUCUAGCUUCAAUACCCAGCCUCUAUGCAGCCAUCGAAAAUGGUGAUGGAGGUGGGGGCGAAGCUCGUAUCCUCAACAUAACUCAACACCUUGAAACCGUACAACAUGAGUUGCAACCUUUAAAUUUACGUCUAUAUCCCACAAAUGAUUCAUCCACGCCAUCGCUGUCAACGCCCUCGACAAUGCCCACGGAUACGGAUGUAGUGGAUUUGAAGCUGACACUACGUCUCAAGGAAAUGCUGAACAUAUUCGACUUGAGCUAUCUCGCUUCUCAGUGGAUUAAUGUAAGAAGUGAUGUCUCAGCGAAUUGUUCGCAAGAUAUCUACAAGUAUUUCCAGGGAUUACAGCAAGCCAAAAUCUGGGCUAUGAAAAUGGACGAUGCUUCCGGUCAUUAUGCUUCUGGCUUCUUUUAUGGCAACAACUAUUGGAUGGGUUCAAUGUCACUAUGUAAGGCCAUCUAUCAUUAUGACGACGAUGAUGACGAGGCUCGUAGAAGUGCUGCGAAAAAUUCCGGCCUACCAUUUGCCAAGGUUCACACGCAAACCUAUACCAGGGUACACAAUGAGAAUCCAUCAUUUAUACCAGGAUUUUACAUAAUCAAGCUGCUAUUCAACGAAACCUUUCCAACCAGUGUUAUUCGAACAAUUUACAUUGGCGUUUGCCUACCCUCAACAUGUUCCAGUGACGAUGUGAAACAAAUUGCCACUUAUGCUCAAAGACCCAUUGAUUCGCAUGAGAUUACCUUGCUGGAUGUGCGCGUGCCCACAGACAGGGAGUUCAAUAUAUUCAAAGAUCGUACUUUCUGGAUAUUAAUCGUUAUUUCAACUAUUGUGGCCAUUUUAAUAAUUGCCGGAACACUCUAUGAGGUCUAUUUGAGGAGACGCUUUCGCGAAGCCUUGCGUCAACAGGACAAAGAAAUGAUGAACAACAGCGAAACAUCAUCGGGCAUUGGCUGUGCCGCCUCGGACUACAGUGAUUCCAUGACCAAUGAUUCAUUGAAAAAGGAAACGCUAAAAGAUUUAAAUAUUGUACUCAAUUUGCCGCAUAAUGUCAACACUUGUGGUCCUGUAACCAAUACCAGCACUUCGGACGAACACCUAGAGGGUCAUUUACAUGAACCGGAAAAACUUAGCAUUUACUCGGAACUGCUACUCUCCUUCUCGGCCAUAACGAAUUUCAAUGCCAUUUGCGAUCGUAAUGUUGGUUCAGAUACCAUUCCUUCAAUACAUGGACUGCGUGCCUUUUCCAUGGCUUGGGUGAUACUUGGUCACACUUGCAUAGUGAUCUUCAAAUAUUCCGACAAUUUGGAGCUGCGCAAGGAUGUCGAAAAGAACUUCUUCUUUCAGGCCAUCACCAAUGGACCCUUUAGUGUGGAUACAUUUUUCUUCAUCAGUGGCGUUUUGGUGUCCUAUUUGUAUUUUCGAACCAAUGCCAAGGGUAAUUUGAAUAAACUCAUCAAAGGAUCCAACGAAUUGACCAGAUGUACGGCCCACUUCUUCGGUAUGGUUAUGUACCGUUUCAUGAGAUUGACAGCUCCUUAUAUGUUUGUACUGGGUGUUGUGCAGGUUUCUAUGAAAUAUCUGGCAGCAUAUUCCAUUUUUGAUCCUCCCACAAUGGACCAUAUAACCUGCCCUGAUUACUGGUGGCGCAAUGCUCUCUAUAUAAAUACCCUAUUUCCAGUGGAACAAAUGUGCAUGCUUUGGAGUUGGUAUCUGGCAAAUGAUACACAAUUUUACAUCAUUGGUGCUUUAAUUUUGAUUGUGGGUGUACGUCAUUUCAAAUUGUCUGCCAUUACCACGGGAGUCUUUUUGGUGCUUUCUUGGGUAACAACUGCUGUUAUUGCUUUUAGCAACAAUCAUCGACCGGAUACUGAUGAUCCUUUGGCUUUGUUCGAUAAAAUCUAUGAUAAACCUUGGACUCGUCUAGGUCCCUAUUUGAUUGGCAUGGCCGUGGGUUGGAUCUUAUUUCGCACCAAUUGUAAAAUUCGCCUAUCCAAAACCAAAGUGGCUGUGGCCUGGAUUUUGGCCUCAGUCAAUCUGUUUGUGUUAAUCUUUGGUUUGUACCGUGCCGAAUUGAGCCAAUUGACUGCAGCGCUUUACAGCAGUCUUAGUCAUUCUGCCUGGGCUUUGUCGUUGGCCUGGAUAACCAUAGCUUGCUCAACGGGCUAUGGAGGAUUUGUGAACACCCUACUAUCUGCCCCUUGUUUAUAUCCCUUCUCUAGGGUAACCUACUGUGCUUAUUUGGUACAUCCAAUUGUCAUACGUUCCAUGGCAUUGAACACGGACUCUCCCUUGCAUUUGGGAGGUGAUACUAUGGUUAUUAUGUUCUUUGGCUUUGUGGUUGCCUCCUACCUGCUGUCAUUUGUUGUUUCAAUGUCCUUUGAGGCACCCGUGGUCACAAUGCUCAAAAUUUUAUCACCUAGUCGAAAAAAGCGUUUGUCGUAAGAUGUCCCAAGACAGUAUCACCACCGCUAGGCCCCACGCCCUAGGGCCGGAAGUACGCUUUCAAAUUGUUUUAUUAUUGUAAUGUUUAAUUAUUUUUAUUUUUAUGAAUGUACAUACUAUAAAAAAACACAUUUGUUAUUAGUGAUAGUUUAUUCAACACAUCCCCUCGCACACAUCACACGCUCACCCACACCCACACCCACUCACACACACGUUAGAACCCCAAGCUCCUCUAUUUAUCAACAAAACAUCAUCAAACACAUGCAUUCAUACCACUCAACACCAAAUCUUCAACAACACCCACCAUUCUCGCCCUCUCAACAUCCUCACGAACGAAUAAAUUUCGAACAAGACAAGUUCGAAUACAAGUCGAAUGUAAAUCCAAUUCGAAAUUGAAUAAAGUCAUCAUAACUACCUACAUUCAUACACCUACAUACAUAUGUAAUGUAUUUUUAAUUAUCUGUCGAAAUUCUCGUAUGUCUAGACUGUAAAUUAAGAAAAUUUUCCUUAUUACCCUUGUUUUACUAAGAAUCUUUUUAAAUUAUUUUUUCUCGAAGAUAACGAUUGUCCCUACUCAUCAUACAUCACUUGCUUUUCUACUUUUGUCCAUGUAAUUUCAAUCAAUUUAGUUAUUAAUUAGUAAAUGAUAGAAAUCGUUUUAACCCCAUGUGACUCUUUUCCGAUUGUGAAACAUAAAAUAUUGUCAAACGUAUUCAUACUACAUUCAUAUAAGAUAAUAUUUAGUGACUAUCCAAUAAAAACGAAGACACCUUUAAAUAAAA